CGAGAGAGUCAACAAAUAUCCAAAUCAAGCGUCGUUCAAAAAUGUCCUCUACCAGUCAUAUAAGUUUCGAAACGUUUCGGAAAAAUUUGGGUGCCAAUGUGGAACCCGGGCUGCGGCAACACCUAUGGAAGGUUUACACCAGCAUGGCGUUUACCUGUGCGGCCGCAUCGGUUGGCGUCUUCAUCCACGUCCUGGACAUCUGGCGAGCCGGAAUGCUUUCGAUACUGCUCCAUCUGAUUACGGUCGUGGCGCUGUUGGUGAUGCCGGUUAAUCCGAAUAAUCGACAGGUGCGAUUCGCACUGCUCCUUACCAUUGGAGGAUUGACUGGACACGUGAUGGGUCAUCUCAUUGAACAGGUAUGGGUGAUUAAUCCUGCCUUUGUGAUGACAGCCCUGGUUGGAACAACGAUUUGUUUUGGGCUGCUGAGCGCUUCGGCCCUGAUUGCACGCCGAGGAAGUCACCUGGUGCUUGGCGGAGCUUUGGGCUGCGUCAUGUCAGGUUUGGUUCUGGUGGCUAUUAGCAACCUGUUUCUGCAGUCGUGGGUCAUUCACAAAAUAAGCCUGUACUUCGGGAUGGCCGCCAUGUUUGGUUUUGUACUUUUCGACACCCAGCUCAUUAUGGAAGAAUAUCGAUUUGGAUUCGACGAUUUCGUCAGCCACGCGCUAAGAUUGUUUUUCAAUUUUGCCGAUAUGUUCCGGAUCUUGAUGUUGUUGUUCCAGUCCGGUGAUGGGCAGAGGCGAAGACGAAAUGGCAACGGUUCCAGUGACUAAAAAUCUUUUGUAGCUGUACAAGUAAAAUUCAAGUAAAAACUUUAAAAUGUU